AUGGUCCACCCCGCCACUACUUGCUGCAAGACCACCCAGGACGGCAGCUGUGUCUGCGCCGCUCAGGCCAAGUGCUCCUGUGGUCAGCAGAGCGCUCUCCACUGCAGCUGCAGCAAAGCUUCCUCCGAGAAUGCCGUCUCGGGUCCCCGCUGCUCAUGCCGCGCCCGCCCCGCUGGCCAGUGCACCUGUGAGCGCUCCACUAGUGAGAACUCGGCUAUCUCUGGUGAGACUUGUGCUUGCGGUAGUCGUCCUCAGGCUUCCUGCACCUGUGAGAAGGCUGCUGGUAUCGAGUCUGCCCUUGAGGUUGACUUCACCACCCGCCCUUAG